UAGUGGAGCGCGAGUCGAGGGCAGAGGGAGCGCAGGGCAGCACUCUGCGGAGCUGUUCAUCGCCGGAGGUGCUGAGCCUCCUUCCUUCCUUCGCUGCCUUCGUCCUUCCUUCCUUCCGAAGGGAAUGGCUCUGCUCCGCUCAAGGAAAGGAACCCCACAGUAAUAAGCUUAUGCUAGAGAAGACGAGGCUGGAUGAAGUCUUGACACAGUAAAAGCCUUGAACAGAAGCCUCCUCUUCAGAUCUCAAGUGCAAGAACAAGAGCAGAAAUUGCAUACAUCCCAUGGUGCACUUAGCAGCCUUUCUGCGCUGAGCUCUUAAAACAUAAUAGUGACUUUUUUUCUUACUCUCCUCUGGUAACCUGCUAUGGCUCCUUGGAGUGAACAAUGAUACACCAGGAAGCCUUCAGACACUGCAAGCCCAAAGGAACCUCAGCCUCCCUUGCCCUCCUUUCCAUGACAACAUGAGAUGGUGCUCCUAAGGUGAUAAAGGACUUGCUUGCAGGCUGGAAGACGCAACCUUUCCAGGAGAAUUUCCAUUCUUUCCCCCCAUCCCACCCUUUUCCUUGCAAACAAUUGUUCCGAUGGAUGGGGUACGGUGGUGACACCAUGUAGAAGGCGCUGAAGAGGUGUCCUUACUGAGUUGCAAUGGUUUUAUACACUUCCCCAUUUCCCAACGGCUUUCUGUCAGCACUGCAUUCUUUCUCUUGGGGCUUGAUCUUCCCAUGUUACUGGCUCGGAGACCGGCUUGUGGCCUCUUUUGUGCCUACCACGUACGAGAAGCGCCAACGGGGAGAUGACCCGUGCUACUUCCAUGCCCUAUGUGUUAUCAUCACGACUCCCAUCUACCUAGCCCUCUUGGUGGUUUCCCUUCCUUUUGCCCUGAUCGGUUUUGUGUUAUGGUCCCCUCUCCAGUCCGCACGGCGGCCUUACAUCUACUCCAGGCUCCAGGACAAAAGCCAGAUCAAUGGCAGCACGCUGCUCACCGAGUGGAAAGCCUCCAGCAAUGGGAAAAGUUUUUGUUUCAGCACCGCAAACGUUUGCCUCCUCCCAGACUCCUUGGCCCGAUUCAACAAUGUUUUCAACACGCAGGCGCGGGCGAAGGAAAUUGGCCGGCGGAUCCGGAACGGAGCCAGCAGGCCCCAGAUCAAAAUCUACAUCGAUUCCCCGACCAACACAUCCAUCAGCGCAGCAAGCUUUAGCAGCUUGGUCUCCCCUCAGGGUGGAGAUAGCAAUAACCGGGCCGUCAACGCCGGGAUCAAGAGGACGACGUCCAUGGAGUACAAGGGGGAUAACUCUGGUUCCAACAACAGUGAAGACAACAAAGAGGCCAAAGCUGGAGGGGAAGCCAACGAAGGAGAAGAUGGCAAUACAUGCAUCGUCCGCAUAGGUGGUGAAGACAACGGUCACAUUUCUGACCCAGAAGCAGACGGCCAGGUGAAUAAUAAUAGGGGGGCCCCAGACCGUUCCCCGGAAGCUGAAGCGGAAAGCUUGAAAGGCCAAACACCCAACCAUAAACAGAAGGAAGGGGACUCUGGAAGCCUGGAUAGCUACACUGCCUCUCGGGAGUCUCUGGUGAAGGUGCGUGCCGGAGACGGCCCGGUGGACCAAAGCACUGUCAACAGCAAGCUCCUCUACAAGGCCUCGCUCAUGAAGAAGACCUCGGUGAGAAAAAAGAGGAACACGGAUGAGCCCUUUGAUCACGAGAUCUCCGCUUUCUUCCCUGCCAACUUGGACUUCCUCUGCCUGCAGGAAGUGUUUGACAAAAGGGCGGCGGAGAAGUUGAAAGAGCAGCUCCACCAUUACUUUGAAUACAUUCUGUACGACGUUGGGGUCUACAGCUGCCACGGCCACUGUACGUUUAAGUUUGUCAACAGUGGCCUGCUUUUCGCCAGCCGCUAUCCUGUCAUGGAUGCUGCCUAUCACUGUUAUCCCAACGGAAAAGGAACGGACUCCUUGUCUUCUAAAGGGGCCCUGUUUCUAAAGGUGCAAGUGGGAAGUACACCUCAGGACCAAAGAAUUGUAGGAUACAUUUCCUGCACUCACUUGCAAGCCCUGGCAGGGGACACAACUGUCCGAUGUGAACAACUGGAUCUGCUUCAGGAUUGGCUGGCUGAUUUCAGAAAAUCUACCUCCUCCUCCAGCACAGCCAAUCCAGAGGAGCUGGUGGCAUUUGAUGUUCUCUGCGGAGAUCUCAACUUCGAUAAUUGCUCAUCAGAUGACAAGCUGGAGCAGCAACAUUCCUUGUUUACACGCUACAAGGAUCCGUGCCGCAUUGGUCCAGGGGAGGACAAGCCAUGGGCAAUUGGUACCUUGUUAGAUCCAGAAGGACUGUAUGAUGAAGAAGUGUGCACUCCAGAUAACCUACAGAAGACGGUGGAAAGUGAAGAUGGGCGGAAAGGUUUCCUCGUCUUUCCCACCAGCAAGAGCCACGCUUCGAGUCAGAAGGGGAGGAAGGGAGCGCGGAAGGGCAACGGGAGGCGAAUUGACUAUAUGCUUUACACAGAAGAAGGACUUUAUCUCGAGUGGAAAGUGGAAGUAGAAGAGUUCAGUUUUAUCACCCAGUUGGCAGGACUUACAGAUCACCUGCCGGUUGCCAUGCGCCUGAUGGUUUCAAUGGGAGAAGAGGACCCUUAAAGAAGGACGCUGGGUUUUCUUCUCCUCUGAGGGUUUAGAAGAGGGAACUUCCAAACUUGGGACCCAGAUGCAGGAAGGCAAAGCGUGGGAUUUUUCUCGUCUCCCCCACCCUUCCCAGACAUUUGCACAAAAAUGGACCAAGCUCGACUCAGAUGAACCUAUAGCUGCAACUUUUACCUGCUUUUCCAGCUCCUCUCCAUUUGCGUCCGGCUAGGAAGACGUUAAAAAGGGAAGCAAGGAACGUAUGUGAAUAUGUUUUAGGGGAGACGG